GCAUUACUUUUAGCUUAUUUUCCAAAACAUCACGUGACCAAAUUUGUUUUCAUCUCCCGCCGAUUGUCACACGUGCUUCUAGUAAAAGAUUUAUAGACAUGUCUGCAAAGUUAAAGAAAACAAUCAAGGAGAAGAUCCAGGAUAUCAAAGACCAGAGAGACGUUAUUGUUGCAUUUUUAAAUGAAUUUGUCUCUGAGGCUGAAAGUAAAGCAGAUGAAUUGCUUGCCACCAAAGAUGCUGGUCAUUUCAAUAACUACUAUAUUGAGGUCAUGCAGCACCUGGACAGGUGUUAUAACACCUUUGUAUUGCUGUCAGCAGAGGCAGAGGAAAAAAUAAAUGGUGGAAGCAUCGCAAAGGGAGAUGAUGACAGUUUUAGUGAGGGAACCGAGGAUACUGAGUUGGGUGCUACAGCAGGGGCAAACACAACCAGGGAUCUUCGCUCAUCUUCCAUGGACAGUCGCCAUGAUUCAACAAAAGAUAACCAAAGUCUCUCAAAUUCUAGGGCCAGUAAUUUUCUGUGUACUACAGUAGACCCUAGUGGUGAUAGAGAUCGUGACCAAUGUCAAUCGGCCAAGCCAGAUUCAUUUAGUGUUGCAGCUACAGUUGUCAAUGUGAAUACUCUAGAUUGUGAAAACAGAAACUCUGACAUCAAGUUAAGAACAAAUGCAGACUCUAAAUGCAACAUUGUCCAAAGCUCGGUCUUGGUUUGUGAAGAUGUGAACUUGAACAAGCAAACAAACAAACCUAGUGCAGUAAAAGGUGUACUCAGUGUAUUGAGGCCAGAACAAGGGGACGUGGAUGAGGAGAAUCGCACAGAAGAAUCAACAAAAGAAAAACAAUCCCAAGAGCAACAGAAAAUGCAGGUACAAGAAAAUGUGGUGAAGAAGGACCAGGAAAAUACAGAGAUUAUCCAUAAUAUCCAUCCAGAACAAGAAAGUUGUAUUUUAGAACAAAAAGCUAUAAAAGUGGAAGAAAUCCAAUCUGCAGAGGGUAAAAUUAAGAAUCUAGAAAAGGAUCACAGCAAGAAAAGUUCUAAAAAAGAAGGUAUUCAGCUAAGCCAAGCUAUUUUAACAGAGCCAUCAACACAGUCUUUAGAGAAUAACAGCCUUUCCCUGUCCAAGGAUUGUCACUCUUAUGUAGGAUUUGGAAAUUCCUGUCAGCCAAAGCUGGACAUUGAUGUGGCUAAGCGCUUUCUGAGGGGGGUUAUUCAGCAAGCUAAUGAGGAUAACAUGAAGCUUAACAAUGAAAAACAAGAGAGGAAGAAAAAUGCAAAAGGAAGAGAGAAAUUACAGAAAAGCAGAAAUACAUCAAGAGAUGACGCAGACAUUGUGUCAGAAACAAAACAUACUGACAGUAAGACAGGCACUCAAAAUAACGAGGAGAAACAGAUUCAAAAUGAGGCAGUUACUUAUGAAAAUGAGGCUGUUCCAUUUGAAUGCAAGGAAAUAGGAUAUAAAAGUGAAACAGAAGUUAAAGAUCCUAUGAAAGAGACCAAAGAAUUAGUUGUCCAUUCAGAUUGUAAGGAACAGGCUUCUUCUAAAUAUGUAAAGGAUGUGUUAGUGGAAAACAAUUUGAAUCAGCAAGAUGGCAAAGCAUUGAGUGAAACAAAUGAUGAAACAGUGCAAGAUGACCAACUAUUAGCAAAGCAAGAAACAAAGAAGAGUCAAGUCUUGAAAGGUGCAGGGACAGAUUCUGGUGACAGUGUGAAAUGUGUGGAAGGCAAAACAGGAACUGACUCCAACAAACAGCAAUCAUUUUGUGUAGUAAAAGACAGUGUUGAAACAAGUGAUCUUGCGGAGACUGCAACCGAACAAUCUUCAUCCAAGAAUACUGACAAUCAUGGAGGUCUUAUUAAGAAUGAUGACCAAACAUUGAACAUUGCAGAAAAAGAUGACUAUGGGAAGGGGCCUGGUCUUCGUUAUGAAGUGUUGGAGAACAGUAAGAUACACAGUGUCAUUGUGAGUGAAGCCAACAGUCCCUGGAUGUUUUACGUGCAGAAAUUCACCACAGACUUGGAAGAAAUGAUGAAUGAUCUAAGAACAGUGACAGAUUUAGAGCCUAUAAUUUCACCCACAGAAGGAAUACUUUGUUUGGCACAGUUUUCUAAAGAUGGCAAUUUUUAUAGAGCUAAAGUAGUAGAGCUUUGUUCAAAAGGAAAAGAUAUCUCGGUAGAAGUCCUUUUCUUGGAUUAUGGUAAUGGUGAAUCCAGAAAACCCUCCCAUCUUAGAAAGUUACCACAGAAGUAUGCCAGUCUACCUGCCCAGGGAAUUCUGUGUGCACUAUCUCAGGUGGCUCCUAACAAUAAGUAUGGAAUAUGGACGGAGGAUCAGAUCACGCUAUUUACACAGAUUGUUUCAGGGAGACACUUUAACUGUAUGCCGUAUCAUGUCUCCACCAAACCAGACCUGCCCUCCAUUGUGGGUCUCUUCUUUAACAUCCCUGAACAAGUUAUUAAAGAUGGAAAUAUUGUUAUGCAGCCUGGACCAAAACAAAUAAGUAUCCACGAGUACCUAAUAGAAAAGGGAUUAGCCAAGUCAGUAACAGUAGAGGAGCAGCUACAGUUACUUUAUACCCUUCAACAUCAGAAAGAACCAGCUGAUCAAGUGGACAAAAAUCCCACACUGGCUGGCCAGGGAGAUGAAAAGACACAAAACAUAGACCGCAAGGGAUCAAUUCAGAGUCAGUCUACAGUAAACCUGGGUAGUAGCAUGGAGACCCUGUCUGACAGCCUACACAGCCUUCCACGACUUCCUAAGCCCACCACCAGGGAGGAGAGGGAGAGGAAAGCCUUGGAGGAAAAAGACAAAAGAGAGGCCAAGCAGAGAGAGAAGGGUGGCAGGUCUACGGGCGUAAAACACACAAAAACGGAGUCAAGAGGCGUAAAAGACAGUUCAAAAUCAAAAGGUGUGAAGACAAAGAGUGCUAAAGACAGUCCUAGAUCAAAGAUAAGGAAAUGUGAUGACAAAGUACAGACAGAGGAUGAUACUCUCACUGAUUCAACCCGACCUGUUUGUUCCACUCCGGUUAAAGGCCAUGGAAUACACAAUAACCUUAACAUUGAGAAGUCACUGGAUACUGCCUCCGAGCAGGGAGUGGAAAACCACAAUUGUGUUCAGAACAUCACGGAGAUCAAGAUCAAGAAUGUGGCUGAAGACUUAGUGUCUGUUCGAUCCUCGGAGACGGAGAGCCUUCAUUACGCUGAAGACAAAUCUGUCAAUCUACCAACCAACAUUGAUGUGGACAUCCCAGGUCUGAAAGUCAUGCUGUCUCAUGUAGAAUCUCCAUCUAAUUUCUAUGUUCACCUCGUGUCCGAGGUGUCUGCCAAAACUAUUGAUCAUAUGCACAUAAGCUUGAAUAAGACAAUGGAGGAAACAUCUAAGAAACAGCUGCAGAAGAUGAGCAAAUCAUACAAACCAUCAGUGGGAGAUUUGUGCUGCGUGCUGUUUUCCUACGAUAACCAGUAUUACAGAGGACUUGUUAUGGGGCUUGAGUUGGCAUCACCUACUAAAGGCUCUGGAAGUAAAGAUUCUAGUUCAGAAAAUGUUGGAAAGGUGUCAGUGUUUUACUUAGACUUUGGAAAUCAUGAAGUGGUUCCCAAGAGGAGAGUGUUCCCCCUACCUCCCCAGUAUGUAGAUCUUCCAGGAUUGGCUCUGCAUGUCUGUCUGGCCUACAUCCAGCCUAGUGUCGCCAGGGGCUCUCCUAAAAAGGAGGUCAAGUGGACAGAAGAGGCCACCGAAAAGUUCAUCUCUUUAACAGGAUUUGAUUCUGCCAUGAGUAUGAUUAUUGUGGAUGGGGAUAUUCAAAUGAUGCUUGAAAAACAUCCAAAUGAAGUAGCGAAGAUGGAUCCUUUGCAAGUGCUUUUGGUUGACAACACAAAAGAAGAGGAGGAUGUUUGUGUGAACAUGGACCUCAUCAGACUAGGACUGGCCAGGCUAUGUGCCACAGAGAACUCUUCCAAAGAACCACCCAACAGUCUUCAACAAACAGUGACUUCCCCUGAUCAGAUGAAGGACUGGAACCCGAUGAUGGAGGAUUACAUGGAUGCACGAAACUCCUACAAAGUGGAUGUGGAUGAUGCAGGAGUGGCUACCGUAGGCUAUAAGGGGCAAGACGACCAGAAGAUUUGCAGAUUUUACCAGAAAAACAGGUGUUGGAGUGGAGACAGAUGUCCGUACAGACAUAUUAUUGUCCCAGAAGGUGCUUUGACAGCGGAUGUGGACUAUGUGUACGGUGAUGUUAUGGAGGAGUACUACCAGGAUGGACUCCCGGACCCAGGGACCUGGAUAGCCUGUGAAGUGUCCGCCAUUAUUAACCCCGCCCACUUUUACAUUGUCCUGCCUUUUGGCAAAGAGCCGCUCGCUUCUCUGGAACCUGCUAAAAAAGAAGGUAGUGCAUCUGAUGGUUAUGGAAGUUUUCAACAGGAGACCUUAGAGGACCUGAUGGCUAGCUUGCAAGACUUCUAUGGUGGCAAGCAGUUUGAGGGGAGUUACGUAGACUAUGCCCCUGGAGAAGUGGUGGUAGCCCGCUACAGUGUGGAUCUCCAGUGGUACAGGGCCCGAGUCAUCAGCUCAGGGGACAGGAAAGUAGAGGUAUUUUACGUUGACUUUGGUAACAAGGAGUUUGUGUCGGACACCUCCAUUCGUAAUAUUGACCCCCAGUUCCUUCACCUGCCGUUCCAAGCCCUGGAGUGUUUCCUUGUUGAUAUAGAACCAGUAGGGGGAAGAGACAGUUUUUCUCAGGAAGCAAGGCUUCAAUUCAGAAAAUUGGUUGAUGGGAAGACGCUCGUUGCAUACAUAAAAUCAAGGUCUUGGAGUGGUUGUGCCUGGGUGGAGCUCUUUGAUACCACAGGGGAGGAGGAUAUCAGCAUCGCAGGGUCACUGAUUGAGAGGGGCCUGGCCCAGGAGUCAACUGUCCUUUCUAGCACCACCAGUGGGCGGGGUAGUAACACUUCCAGUCUUGUGUCAAGUCAGGAGUCCUUGGUCUUAAUCCCUGGAUAGGCAGCCGUCCAAUCAGUGUACAGGGAUUUACGGUCCAAUGGACUGAUGCCAACAUUAAAUUUGACAUUUUUAUUUGUCAGGUUUUUUUAUCUUCAAGGAAGUAUAUUUUUCCUUUUAUGAAAGGCUAAAGAAGUCCAUUUUAACUUGCUUGAAUAUAAAUUUAUGUAAAGAUUAUUUCAUGCGUUCAAUGCAAUUUAGCACCAGUUAGAUUCAAAUUGAUAUUCUUGUUAGGAAGGUCAGUUUAAAAUUCAUAUGUUUAUUGAUGUAUCAAAGGUGGCAAUAUAUAUAUUUAGGUUUUUAAACCUGAUUUUCAUGUAAAUAUCAUACUCUUACAAUAAUUGAUACUUUUUGUCACAAGUUAAAACAGUAAACAACACUUUAAAUUUCAUAUAUUCAUAGUGUGUCAUUAAAAAGCAUUUUUCUUUAUCUUAUUGUUAAACUUCUGAUAAUUUUUUUUGUAAGUAAUUAUUAAACUGUGUUCCUUUUGAUAUAAAGUAAAUGUUUAUUUUGUAACUUGCAGUAUUAUGUAAUAUGUAUUUUGUCCAAAUAGACAAAGCAAAUUGUGCCAAAAUGUUUCUGUCCUGUUUUAAAAAAUGCAAGAAGAGCAAUAAAGCUGUUAUAAUUCUCACA